UUAUAUUUGCGAGAGAGAGAGAGAGAGAGAGAGAGAGAGAGAGAGAGAGAACUGAGAAGACACAGUUGUAGAAUUCUAGAAGGCGGAAGAAGACUUGGAAAGAGAGAGAUGGGGGAGAGGCCACGGUGCUUUCUGGACAUUAGCAUAGGAGGAGAGCUUGAAGGACGGAUAGUGAUCGAGCUUUACGAUCAUGUGGUGCCCAAAACGGCAGAGAAUUUCAGAGCUCUCUGUACUGGUGAGAAAGGCAUUGGUCCCAAUACUGGUGUCCCCCUCCACUACAAGGGAAACCGUUUUCAUCGUGUUGUCAAAGGCUUUAUGAUACAAGGGGGUGAUAUUUCUGCUGGAGAUGGCACGGGGGGAGAGUCUAUCUAUGGGUUGAAGUUUGAAGAUGAAAAUUUUGAAUCGAAACAUGAAAGGAAAGGCAUGUUAUCCAUGGCCAAUGCUGGUCCGAACACCAAUGGGUCUCAGUUUUUUAUCACAACAACUCGCACUGCUCAUUUAGAUGGGAAACAUGUUGUGUUUGGGAAGGUAGUGAAAGGCAUGGGAGUGGUUCGUUCAAUAGAGCACAUUUCUACUGGUGAGGGCGGUGAUUCUCCGACUGUUGAUGUUGUUAUUGAGGAUUGUGGAGAAAUUCCUGAGGGGGCUGAUGAUGGAAUAUCUAAUUUAUUCAAAGAUGGUGACACUUAUCCUGAUUGGCCAGCCGACCUGGAUAAUAGUCCUGAUGAGCUUUCUUGGUGGAUGACUUCUGUAGAUUCAAUCAAGGCUUUUGGUAAUGAAUAUUUCAAGAAACAAGACUACAAGAUGGCUCUCAGAAAGUAUCGGAAAUCUUUGCGCUAUCUCGAUAUUUGUUGGGAGAAAGAUGGAAUUGAUGAAGAGAAGAGUUCAAGUUUGAGAAAAACCAAGUCACAGAUUUUCACUAACAGCUCUGCUUGUAAAUUGAAAUUGGGGGACCUGAAAGGAGCACUGUUAGACACUGACUUUGCAAUGAGGGAUGGAGAAAAUAAUGUUAAGGCUUUGUUUCGACAAGGUCAGGCAUACAUAGCACUUAAUGAUAUUGAUGCUGCAGUUGAGAGCUUCAAAAAGGCAUUGGAUUUGGAGCCCACUGAUGCUGGAAUAAAAAAGGAGCUUGCUGCUGCUAAGAAGAAGAUUUCUAGUAGACAUGAUCAGGAGAAGAAGGCCUACAGCAAGAUGUUUCAGAAAUAGCACUUCUGCUGUCAACUGGUUGUUCCAGUUCGUAGGAGAGUAGUCUUAUCCGUGCAAGAAAAAUGUAAUUGUAAAGAGUUAAAGCCUGAAACUCUUUUCAUUGAGUCUUCUCCCUCCUUUAUAAUUUGGCAGAAGCCAGUGAUUUGUAACUUUAUGUGACAUUAGACCAAACAAUUUUGUCCUGUAAUUCCGAUUUUUGAUUUUAUGGCAUGUUGGACCAAGUUUUUCUUAA